UAUAAAAUUAAUGGGUUGUUUGGAAUUUUGGGUAGUAAACAGUUUUCUAGCAAGUGCAGUAUUCGUAAGAUAUCAAUCUAAAAUUUUAGUUCAUUUUGUUCUUAGUGGUUGAUACCUAAUACCCUCUUUACCCCUAUGCUGUAGCAUCCACUAAAGAUAAAUAGCCUGAUAAAAAACCUAGUGCUACAGCUUGUAUUGUAGCUUCUUGUGUAUUAGUUCUAAUAAUGAUUUAAGCUCUAUCUUUUGAUUGCAAUAGGCUUACUAUUUUGGAAAAAGAGCAGAGAUCAAAGAAUAAAGGAAAGUUAACAAUAUCCUCGUUUGGCUGCUGCUUAAGGAUUCGAAUAAUAACAAUCAUCUUAAAGAGGACGUUCAAUUGAAUUGUGAAGUGUAUAGUAAACAUAUUUAAAUUUAUCUAUUACGGUAUUCUGCC